AUGUGCGACCCGAACUACCAUGCAUUGGAAAAUCAAACUCUGAACAAGCCCUUAAUAGCAAAUAACGAAGCAGUUCCUACAGGAACUGUGCUCCAGUCCUCACUAAAGGCAACUGAUAAGGAACCUCGCCAAGUGCUUCUUCAAACAGCGAAAGCGUGGGCCGAAGGAAGAAGAGACCGUGCGUUCGUUCUGCUCCUGUUUGAUGGUGGAAGUCAAGGCACUUUUGUCAGAAAGGGCAUCGCGGAAAAACUUAACCUGAAGGUCCUUGAAAAGGAAGACUUGACUAUCUUUACCUUUGAAGAAGGCGCAACCACAGCUGCGAGAAGAUGUCGAAGAGUGGAACUAUGGCUGCGCAAUCAAUACAGCAGAAAGGACGUACGCAUUGAAGCUUCAGAGGUACCACAGAUCUGUGCCUACAUCAUCGCCGCACCACCAGAAAUAGCGCUGAGCGUACCUGAAGACAUGCUCAUUGCGGAUACCGAUUUCAUCAACAAAGAACGUGAGAAAGGCAUCAGCAUCCUAAUCGGAGCUGGCUAUAACUGGGAAGUAGUAAGUGGAAGUGUAAAACGUUUGGACAAAGGGCUGAUGGCCGUUGACACUAUCUUUGGUUGGACUCUACAAGGUCCCAUGUCCUCAACCUCGUCUACUGCUAUAUACUCAUCGAUUACAGGAGUAUUGAAAGUGACUACAGCUGACAUAACUGACAUAUCUGCACAGCUGCGGUAA